AAUUAACAGAAGAAGAGAUGAUUAAAUCACUGUUGAAUAGUGAAACACUAAUGGAAAGAGUGAGAGAAAUUACAGUGUCUGCGUUUGCAAUUAUUGCCGAUGCAAUUUCAAAGGAAUUGUCACACGAUACUCUACAUCAAGAGCUUAUAAAAGAAAGACUCAUUAGCAGAAUGCAAUAAAUACAGCACUUAUCGAUUGAAACAAACCAUUUGAUGGCUGUCUUUGGAAAGGGGAAGAUAUUGAGUACUUCUUCUUCUUCUUCAAGUGGUGGGGGAAAAAGUCACUCAAAAAAAGGACGUGGAAUUCUGAGUGAUAUUUCUGGUGCAGUUGGAAGUGUUAUAAAUAAAUCCAUUGACUUAUUACCUGUGGAACUCCACAUACCAGGCUACUCGUACUGCGGACCAGGGACAAAAUUAGCUAAAAGAUUAGCAAGAAACGACCCAGGUGUAAAUAAAUUGGACGAAGCUUGCAAGAAGCACGAUAUUGCGUACGCGAACAGCAGCGACACAGCAAGCAGAGCAGUAGCUGAUAGAGAGUUAGCAGAGCGUGCUUGGAGCAGAGUAACAUCUUCAGACGCGGGUCUAUUGGAAAAAGCAGCGGCAUUAGCUGUAACCAAUAUAAUGAAAGCAAAAUCAACUUUUGGAGGCGGGAUGAGACGGAGAAGAAGAAGAAAGGCAAACAGACCAACAAGUCUACACAGUACGAUAAGGAGAAAACGGAUGAGGGGGAGGGUAGUGUCAGGUCGAGGAAUCUAUUUGAGACGUCAACCGCAGUUACAGCCAUACAUGGUGAGAGGAAGAGGAGGAGGAGUGGGGGGGAGCAGCAGAAGGAAAGGAAGUGGAAGAAAAAAAUGUCAUCAUCCACAUUAAAAACUUCGAUAAUAGCCUUACCAGAUAGAGCACUUAGCGAAGCUGAUCUCUACAAGUAUGCUUGUAUUUUACGAUUGAAAAAUUUUCGUGGUGUCUUUAUGCGUAAUACAUUACCUCUUUGUGGACCACGAAGUCAAGAGUGCGCGUGUAUAAAUCUCGAUAUACUAGGUGGACAAGGAACACAUUGGGUGUGCUAUGUGAAGAAGGACAAUGUUGUUCACUACUUUGACGCUUUUGGCAAUCUUAGACCACCACAUGAAUUUAUAGCCUACAUGCGUCGUGGACAAACACCGGCCACAACAAUAGAAUACAAUUUUGAACGUAAACAAGAGAAUGUUUACUCACACAUUUGUGGACACUUAUGUUUAAAAUUUCUUGUAGAUGAAAUAUAUGGCACUCAUUUUUUGUAAUCUCAAUAUUAUGUAAGUUUGAAAAUGAAUAACCACAAUUUUAUGUAAGUUUGAAAAUGAAUAAAAUAAAGUGUGUGUGUGAUUAACUUAUCUUCUCAGUUUUUACAACUUACCUAUUCUUUAGAAUAAGAGAGAGAGAGAGAGAGACUAUCCUCACUCACUAUUGAUUUUCCGCAAAUCUAGAAUAUAAAAACACAAUGCAUUAACAGGUGUUUGUCAUUGAGUGAGUCAACUUUGACAUAACAAGAUGCUUUGUUUUGGUGGUAACAAGCCAAUCUUGAUAAGCGAGUUUUAUCCGCCAAUAGAUACUAGAGAUGAUGAGGAAGGCAACAAUGGAGGUUGGGAGCUAGGAUUGCUCAGUUUUACAUGCAAUAACUCAAUUCCAAAUGUUGAAAAUGGUUUCAACAAUAGGUUGGAAUUUUUGACCAAAAAACCAAAACAGAAACGAAGUAAUAGUACUACUACUAUUGCUGAUCGAUUAGAACUUACACAUGACGAAAUUCUCGGUAUUGGCAUGGUGGAUAG